UCAAUGGACAUGAACUUGGGCAAACUCCAGGAGAUGGUCGGGGACAGGGAGGCCUGGAGUGCUGCAGUUCAUGGGGGUCGCGAAGAGUCAGACAUAACUUGGCGACUGAACAACAACAAUAUAACACUGUUUAGCUGCAGCCUAAAAUUGACUCCUCAGCAAGCCUGUAUCCCACAACCCAUGUUGCGGUCAUCCAGCCCCCUUUUGUUUUCAUGUCAUUGUUUUUGGUGUGUGGGACAAGGACCUGGGGGAUUGGGAUGUUUGCCUACUCUUCCUUUUGCUGUUUUUGUAAUUAAUACAUUAUAUGAAUCUCAGAAUGACAGACUAUCUUUACUGGCCAAAUCAGUUAGGACUUGGCCUUGACCUUGCCUGCUGCCAUGUGUUUGACAGAAGAAUAAUAGAGUAAAAAUAUGGGAUUAAAUGUGAUAGACUCUUCCUUGCCUCUUUAAUUUUCUAAAAAAAAAUAUAAACCAAACACUGAUCAUAGCCAUAGAUACCUCUUUUCAGGUGGACCACAACUUGGUAAAUCAGGUAUUUGAGGGCUCCUUAUUCUGAGCUACGACUCCCACAAUUGUUUUGUCACCAGUUCAGUUUUCUCCAGCUGAUCCUGAGGAAAAUCAUGGGGUUAACAUAUAUCAAAUUGUUGUAUGCUCACCCUUCAUAGUGAUCUUCCCCAAGUUAAGAGUCUUUGCUUCUUUCUCAGUACCUGCAGACUAUCAGCUAUUGUCUUUUAUGAGUUACUCCAGUAUUCUCUUAGAAACCAACCAACCAACCAAUGAACCAAUAAACCUGGGAGUUCAUAUGAGGGCUUCUUUGUAACUUUCUGUAGGUAUGGUAUCUGUAAGCUCCAGUCCCUGAGGUACCGGAACCUGAUUUUGAAUUCCUGUGAAGCAGGUAUCUUCCUACUUUGUUCACUCUAGAGACUGAAUAUACACAUGGACAAUGGCCAGACCAUAUAGAAAAAUAGAACUCUGACUCUCAAUCUGCAGCAGCCUGUCCAGAAAACCAAUGCACUAUUAGCAAUAAUCAAUCCAAGAGGUCAAACUACUGUCUGUAGCAAUCGGUCCAGGAAGCCAAAGUAACCCCUGUAGUAAUCAUCCCUAAAUAGCCCGAGUCUGAAUAAUGCCUCCCAACCAAUCACAUAAGAUGCUUUGCUUCUAGUAAGGCCUUAUACUUAGAAUCUUUAAUCAGCACAUACUUGAAGCCUUCCUUUCUUCCUGCUAUCAAACUUUCCACUUCUCUGCCAAAUGGAAGUAUGGCGGCUGAUCUCUGAAUAAAUAGCCAUUGCUUGUUCUCAUCUCUGAGAUUUUCCUUUAUUUCCACCACUUUCUUUAAAAGCUUAUCUUCCUGGCAUACUCUGUGACUGUAGGUAGGUCAUUUCCUCUUUUGGGGCAUUACUUCAACUGAAAAACUGGCUCAACAUGUAAUCAUCCUUUUAUUCAACGGACAUUCUAUGGCACUUGAAGAAAUUGGGUCCUAAGAAGUGCUAGAUUUGGGGCAGAUAUUAGAGACACAGAGGUGAGCAUAUCCAGGACACAGUAGGAUAUGUGAACAGGCCUAAUCAAGGAAGUGUGGACUAUCUUGUAUCAGCAUCUAUCCUGCAAAGGUGCAACAAGGUGGAGAAGUGGGAAGAAAAGGGCCAGGGAAGAAUUCUACAGCGUCAGUGUCUCUGGGAGAGCUGGGCCCCUCUCCUCUCCUACUGCUCACGGUGGAGGACCACAGAGUCGCGGAGCCCUCCACCAUCCUAGAGAAGCCGGAAUGGCAGGAGUGCGCCAGCCUCCACCUCUUGCGUGAAGCAAUCUGGCCAACACAGAACGUGGAGAGCUGCACGUGGGGCUGGCGGGGGCGUGAGGCCUGCGUCUUUCCAGGUCCGCUCCCGGGCCGAUGGCUGGUAUGUCAGCCCCGAGCGGUUCUGGAGCCUUCUUCCCAGACACCUGGCCACCCCCGGUCUGACCCAGCAAGCGGCCGGUGGCCCUGGGAAGUGGGGCCCGUUUCAGCCCAGCGCUCAACCUGCUGCCAGGACAGCCCACGUUGUCAAAGGUGAGCCGAUGCCAGGAAGCUGGCUAUAGGCCCAGAUGAGGGGUGGAAAGCAGGCAGUGCGGUGACGAGGAAAUUGGGAUACAGUCCUGAGUGGAGGGACCCGAGGAACAGGCAGGGACAGAGUGGAUGCGGCAUCCCCCAGGCUUGUGGCGGCAGGGGAAGCAGAUGCCCAGGCCUGAGCCAAUGCUGGGGUAGAGGUGUCCACAGACCGCUGUGCGCCGCGAUGAACCGCCAGAACUUCCACGACUGGUUUUACAGAGCUGGUUUUGUUUGAGGUGGGUCUUGAGAUGAACGGGCUUCCCUGGUGGCUCAGAUGGUAAAGAAUCUGCCUGCAGUGUAGGAGACCUGAGUUUGAUCCCUGGGUUGGGAAGAUACCCUGGAGUAGGGAAUGGCUGCCCGCCCACUCCAGUAUUCUUGCCUGGAAAAUCCCCAUGGACUGAGGAGCCUGGUGGGCUACAGUCCAUAGGGUGACAAAGAAUCGGACAUGGCUAAGCCACUAACACUUUGACUUAACACUUUUAGAUGAACACGAGGGAGGAUCUGGAUCUUCAGGCAGGGUUGGGGGCCAGGGGCUGCAGUUCUAAGGGCACAGAGCUGGACAAGGAAAAAGUUUGGGUUCAGAACCAAAUGGUGACAGGAUUGGGCCUGAGGGUGGUCAUGCAGGAGAGGACCCUUGGGAAGUCAGCUGGGUCCCUGAAUGGUGACUGGAAUUGUCUGCAUGGCAGAGGACUUGGACUUUUUUGGGUAGGCAAAGGUGAGCCAGCCGAAGUCUUUGAGUGUGUUAGGGAGUGUAUCGGCUGGGAAUGUGCAGGGAGUAGUCACAGUUGGGCUUUGCCCUUUUGAGUCGAGCCUCUCCAGCAGCCUGAGUGUCUGAGGUGUCCCUAGCUGCCUCUUUGGCUGCUGGAAGUGACUGGGAGGGAGGGAAGAGCGAGAGUCCCACGCGGAGCAGCAGGGCUGGCAGGAGUGAGGGUGGGAGGCAGUGUGUAUGGCAGGCGAGAGCAGAGAGCCAGGCGGGCCUAAGUUCUGUCUCAGAACUCUGUAAACUGGGGAGAGUUAAUCUCUGAGCCUCAGGUUCUCUUCCAUAAAAUGGAUCUGAUACCCUCCUCAUAGGCCGUGAGACAUACUCAAAGUAGUAUUUGUAUAGUGCUUGGCACAGGCUCGAUCAGUGGUGGUUGCUCUUGUUAUCAAGGAUUGGUGACAUCUGAAGGAACAGGACACGUGGUGGAGAAAGGAUGGCUCCCAGAGCUCAUGUGGGAAUGAAAAGGGAAAACUUGCAGAGGCUCAUGAAGAAGAGGAGAGAAUGUUUGCCAAAGUGAAAAUGAAGAGACGUGAGAAGAUUGGUGGCUGACCCCUUGUAUCUUUAUAAGUAGGGGGCAAAAAUCUGCUGAGAGUUUCCUUCAACAUUCAGAAUCCAGAAACUCAGUGGGCAUCCUCUCCAGUACCUCUUAGUGCCUCGUCUACCCUGACUCCAGGCCCGGGUCUUCGGACUGUCCUAUGGCAUAUAAACACAUGUUGUUUCAAGAGUCAGUGACCCUUGAGGAUGUGGUCGUCUACUUCUCUGAGAAUGAAUGGACCACCUGGCUUCUAUUCAGAGGGCCCUGUACAGGGAGGUGAUGCUGGAGAAUUAUGGGGCUGUGGCUUCCCUGGGUAAGGAUCUUUCCCUUUGGACUCUGCCUCAACCCUUUGGGAUUUCUUGGCUCCUUCUUCCUCAAAAGCUCAGUAGUCUUUGGUAACUAACCCUCAGCUGAGUGGCACCUUCAGGCUCCUGGACUCUUAAUGACACAAUCUUAGUGGUAGCUGCGAAGCAGGAAGUCCUGGCAUCCAUUUGGGUCUCAUAUAGGACAUCCCUACUCCCGACUGAGAGCCUCUGACCUUCUAACCCAUGUGCUGUGGGUACAACAGACGAAGAGACGAUUCCUGAUACCUCUCUGAAUCCUCAGUUCCCCAGCACCUCAGUUUGGGAGACGCAGCCCAAUAGCAAGCAUCCUCAUACAGACAUCUGGACUAGAGAGCUCUAGAGAGGGAGUGCCCAAGAAAGCCCAGUUUCUCGAUGAGGGAAGUCAUCUCUUUGCUGACUCACGCUGUUGUCGAGCAUCCCUUCCUCUCUGCUUCCUGACCUUUGUGAGCUUCCGGGCCCCUCUCACCUGAGUACCCUUGCCCCUUUCCCUGGAUUUUCUUUUCUUGUUCCCCCUAGUAAUUUCCCUUCUUUCCCCUCCCACCCCUGAAGAUAGGCCUGGGAGGAGCCCUGGGGUUGCUCUGUGUCACCCUGCUUACCUGCCUGUCCCGAUUCCUUCCCAAUGGGCAGCGUGUCCAUUUCCUACACCGGCUCUGAUUUUCCAGCUGGAGUGAGGGGGAACACCCUGGAGCUUGGCUUCUCCGGAAGGUCUGAAUGGAGAGAGCCCGAGGGGCAUCUUCCUAGGUGAGUGAGGACACGUGCCAGUCAUCUGAGCAGUUCCCUUGUCUUGAUCUUUAAGUUGUCCUAGGUAUGUGUUCUCUUAACCUACUGCUAUAGACGCCGGUGGGAUCCCUUGUUUUCCUCUGUGUUCCCAUGGUUUUCCGUCUUCUUGAGUCCUUGCUUCAUUCAUCCUGGCUCCUCUCUGUGCCAUCUGCUUACAUCUGAUCACCAUUUAUCUUCACUCCCUGACUACUUUUCUGUUUGCUUUCUGAUCUGAGGUGCCCCCCUGCUUUUUUUUUUAACUAUCCUGGCUGCUUAUAAUCUUCCAGCAGAAGAUUCUGACUGCCCUUUGAGGGUAUCAUGGCCAUUUUUAUCAUUAGAAAUCAAGCAGUCUAAAUAAGCCUGAGCCAGAUAGUUCCUGUUCCUCAGGGAUUUCUGGCAGGAAAGCCCUGGCAUUUGUCUAGGCCCAACACAGGGCUUCCCUGCUCCUGAUUUCCUACUAAGAACUAUGUCCUUUUAUUGCCUCCCGGGGCCCGCUUCAUCUUUUUCCCACAGAAGCUGUUCCGUGGACACAGUGUGACUUGAGCUGUGCUCUCCAAUUUCCCAUUCUCACAGUUCCUUGCUGUGUCUGAAAGUCUUUCCAUGUUAGGAGACCCUUGAUUGCAAGUAAUAGCCCAGUUCAAACUGGGUUAAAUAAUAAAGAGGAAUUUAUUGUUUUGUGUAAUUGGAAAGUCCAUAGAUUUUGAUCAGAAUUUCAGUCUCUGCUAGUCUGUCUCCUCAUAUGUUAGUUUGUCUCCAGUCUGGCUCCUCUCAGGGCUGUAAUGUGAUUGGUAGUUGUAACCAGCACUGUGCUUCUUCGCACCCAGGGGGAGGAACAAGGCAGGCCUUCCUUAGGCUUUAACCAUGGUGAGUCACAGUCCACAUGUUGCUCUACUCACCAUCUUUAGUCUUAUGCUGGCUCUAAAUUGGUUCCGUAGCCAGGGGGAAGCUGUGUAUUGAUUGACUUGGCCUGGAUUGCUGGUCUCUGAACGGGUCUCACGUAGUGACUUGGAUGGGAGAACUUACUUGGCUUAUCUCAGUUGGGGCCUAUGCUAGAAGCUGGAGUUGGGAUUACUCCCACCCAAAGGACCUGGCUACUCCCUAGUCGGGGAGGGGGAGGAGAAUGGAUGUAGGGAGGGAACCGCACUGUCCUCUAGAUUCUCUCAGGAUCUCAGUACCUACUCGCCACCACUCAAGGGAAUUUCCCAUCUCUGCUUUAGACAGAAAGCUAACAGCGAGGUUUUUCCUUGAGCAAAACCUGAACUCCCUGACCUGCAGCAGCCCUUCCUGGAGCUCAUGUUCCUACUCAGUUCCCCUUUGAAAUUGUAGAAUUGGUCUACAGUUCUCCAGGCUUGGAUGGGAGUUACAAAGAAACAGAGCUUAACUAACUCUGAAGAAUUUGUUAGAGUGGACCUUUGUAAAUAUGUGCUUUACAUAUUUUUAUCACCAGAGUUUUAUCCUUAGGUGUUUAUCAUUAGAGUUAGAAGUGACUUCUGGAAAUGGCUGAGUGAGGCUAUGAGGCCAUUUUAUGGGUGCCAUAGAGAGACUCAUUGUUGACCCUUAUAAAAAGAGAAGGCUAUGAUGGAUAGGAUGGAAGGGAAGUAAGAGAUGGUGAUUUCCCAACGCAACCUCAGGAGCAGCUCUUUGAAAUUCUAUCCUGUCAGGAUAGUUUUCUAUAUGAACUGGCUUUCAGCUCCUAGGGGCAGGUACAGAGACGUUAGUCUUUCCUAUUUCUUCUUGACGUUUUAAAAUGAGUGACAAGUUUUUGUAUUUUGGUGAACUGAUGGAAUCCCAACUUCCCUGAACCUCUCUUUCCUGUCCUUUAUAUUCUUACUCCUCUCAAAUUUCAGGUCAUCUGUGUUACCAGUCUUUUCCCCAACCUUCAUUCUCCCCUCCUGCUUAGACACUGGGGUGGCACUUGAAAAAAAUUGACAUAUUAAUACAGCUUGAUGACUUUAGUCGCUCUGUCAUGGGUACUGAUGACAUUUGCAGCUCUGUUUUCUCCUUUCAGAGGGUGUUGAAGAGUGAGAAAGAUCAUUUCAUCCUGAAGGAGAACAUUCACGAGCAGGCACAGGACCACAUGUUGCUAUUGAGUGGACCCCAGUUCUGUGGCUCCCAGGAAUUCUGGUUUGGAAAAACCUGUGAAGAGGAGAAAAGCACUGUAGGGAGAUGGCCUGACUACCUAAAUAGGGCAAGUGUGGAGAACACUACACGUGACAUCACGGCAGUGAUUGUCAAAGAUGAGAUAAUCUUAGUAGAAGAGCGUUCAGAGGAUGCCGAUGUUAACACCCAUCUUGUACAUCAGGAAAGCCUCAGUGAAGAGGCGUUCUAUGUACGUGAAGAAUGUGGCAAGUGUUUUGAUCAAAAGGAAGACUUUGAUCAACAUCAGAGAGUUCAUAAUGGACAGAAGGUGUAUGGAUGUAAGGAAUGUAGGAAGAAUUUCAGUUUUAGAUCACUUUGCAUUGUACAUCAGAGGAUUCACACUGGGACGAAACCAUGCCUAUGUCAAGAAUGUGCUAAAGCCUUCGGUUGGAAGUCAAACCUGAUUCAGCACCGGAGAAUUCACACCAGAGAGAAACCCUUUGAGUGUAAGGAAUGUGGGAAGGGCUUUAGUCAGAACACAAGCCAUACACAAUGUCAGAUAUGGCUUCUCCAUACCAGGGAGAAGCCAUAUACCUGUAAGAGAUGUGGGGAUAGUUUUACUUGGAAUGCAGUCCUUCUUCAACUUCAGAGAAUUCACACUAGGGAGAAACUUUAUGAAUGUAAGGGCUUUAAGAAAGGCUUCAUGUGGAACUUGGGUCUCGCUCGGCACCCCUGGGUCCACACUGGAGAGAAGCCUCGUGAAUGUAUUGACUGUGAGGAAAGCUUUAUUUGCGAGGCACAUCUCACUUGUUAUCAGAGAAUCCAUACUGGGGAAAGACCCUAGACAUGUAACAACUGUGGGGAAGCCUUCACUUAGAAUUCUGUUUUGAUUAUGUAUCAGAGGUGCUGUGCUGGAGAGAAACCCUAUAACCGUUCGACUUCUCACCUUCUUGAACAAUAGAGAAUGCGUAAUGGUGAUAUUUGUUUCUAAUUCUUAUGCUACAGGAACCCCAACCACAAGAUGAAAUGAUGGCCCACAGCUUGCUGGACUGCAACAUCCAGUAUUAUCUCGCCCCUUCUGAGUGAAUACCCUGUACUCUGGCAAGACUGGUUUCCCUGUUCAGCCAUAUUCAUACCAGGCAAUGUUUAGUUGAGCCACCUACUCUGUGUCAGGUACUGUGCUAACUGUUUUACAUACAUUCCUUCAGUUCAGUUCAGUCGAUCAGUCGUGUCCAACUCUUUGCGACCCCAUGAAUCGCAGCACGCCAGGCCUCCCUGUCCAUCACCUACUCCCAGAGUUCACCC